AUAAUUUAUCUGUUUUAACCGUAUUUGGUUGUGAUAAUUGAUGUAUUGUGAGUUUGACAUGGUCGCAAUGUGUAGUUGUUUACUGCUAUAAACGCACAUGGGAGAAAUGGCUAUUUGUUACAUAAAUAAGGAAUCUUUCAAUGCAUGUGAAGGUGCUGGGAAAAGGUCGAAAAACGACAGUUGUCGAUUUUUAAAAUUCACAAGCAAUGUAGUAGGUUGUCAGGGAAGUUCACUUUUGAACCCCAAGACAAGUAUCUAUCAAUAGCUCAAAUAAGAGAAGAGAAUAGGACUCAGCCAAGGAUUUUCUGCUUCGAAGACUUUAGAAACAAGAUAUACAUACGUAUAUCAAGGGUACAAAUGGUGUGACCCAGCCAGGAGCUGUGACCAUGCAAGAGUACAACGAAGAUACACAAGUCAAGGGUCUAUUUUAGGAGUGGGAACCUCUUGGUACCUCACAAUACGAUACCAUUUGCGAUACAAAGCUCACGAUAACGAUGAUCUGACGAUAUGGCGAUACAACGAUUAUCGAUACAUUGGUCAGGAAAUCAUUCUAGGAUAAUCUACAAACAACUAAGAAACGGAAAAACAAGCUUCUGCUGUGAAUUGGAAUGAGUGUAUCACUAGUAGACGUCCAAUCCAUUUGAACUGGGAGUGUGGCAACGAAUGAACACUGGUUCAUACGCUGCAAUCCCCCCCACUUCAAAUGGAUCGAACGUCUAUGGGCGUCAGUGGCAGCCAAUGCCAGGCAAUGAGGUCAUUUUGGGCCAUUUAAGGUCAUUUACCUGUUGAUUUUCAGUUACUUCUUCGAAAAUCGGACAGAAUGACUGCGAAUCCUCAGGUUUGGAAUUAGUGCUGCAACGAAUAAUCGAUUAACUCGAGUAUUCGAUUAGAAAAAAGAUUAAAAUUAAAUUUUGCUGCCUCGAGUAUUUGUUUAAAGUGGCGUUGUAAUGGUUUGUUUUGAAAGUGUUUGCAUUUGCAUUUUUAUUGAUUUGGGUGGAUACACGGCCCUCUAGUCUACAUCAUUUCACAUGGCUGAAUCCAUCUGCUCCCUGUUAAGACCGACAUAAGUUUUUGUUUGAGCUAAUGAUAUUUUUGAAUGCAUUUGUAAUUGAGUUUAAAGGUAUAUUAAUCCAUUUUUUGUGCGAAUAUGUGAUUGAUCCAUUGUUAAGAGCAUUGUAAAAGAGCAUUAGCAUUUGAUAGUUUUUAAGCUAGCGGACUUUUGCUAUGUUAGCCAAUUUUUCUGUUGUUGUACAUAGAUCUUUUUUUUUUUUUUUUUAAAUAUAUACCGUGUGAGGCUCAACUCGGGUAUUUUAAUUUUUUAUGUUCCUUAUCCAAUUACUCGAUUAUUCUAACUAAAUAGUUCAUCGAUUAAUCGACUAGUAAAAUAAUCGAUAGCUGCAGCCCUAUUUCCAAUGAACGUUCGCAGUCUAAAUGGAUUGGGUGUCAAGCACUGUCAACGGCAGCCUUAGAGUUACCUGAGACACUAUUUUGGUGGAAGAUUUUAGUAGCAACUUGUUGGUUCCUUUUUUUUUUUUUUUUAAACAUUGACACCUUUUUAAAACGAUACCUCGAUUCUUGGCAGGAGCAUAUCAAUAACCUUUUGGGAUACAAAGUAUCAUGAUAUAUCACCAUUUCGAUAUUUUAUCACACCCCUAGUCUAUAUGCUUGUUGAAAAGGCGUUGCUUACUCUGAAACGAUACAUUCUACAAAAAUGAAAGUGAACCUUAUUACAGCCUAACUCUGGUGAUUUUCCACAGAAAAACAUCCUGAGUUAUGACCUUGGAAACCAGCUCUGGCUGGUACAUGAGGGAGUCAAAUCAGAUAAGGACUCGAGCACAAACAAAGAGCCUGAUCAGGUUUCGCGCCGAAAACGAAGAUCGGUUUCUAAAGUCCAAAGCCUCGGCCAAACAACAGUGGGAGAAGCUGAUCAAGGAGCUGGGGCUGCAGGGGAAGGUGUCCACCCAGCAGGUCUCCAAAAAAUGGGAGAAUCUAAAAAAGAAGUACAAGGAGCUGAAAACUCUCUCCUCUGGGGGUGGGACUGAUGAAGGCCAGGAGACUGGCACAACGUGGCAAUAUUAUGAUGACAUGCACGAGGUGCUGGGAGGAAGGGCAUCAGUGGACCCUCCGCUCUUGGUGGGUGCAUGUGCAGAGGAGGAUGCCAUCAUCAGAAGUGCUUUGAACGUCGCUGAGCCCAGCACCUCCGAUGCGCCAUGCACCUACGCCGUUCGUGCUGCGGUUACCUCACCUUGCCGUUGUCGUUCUCCACCAUCCACAUCUCCAUCCCCAAAAAGAAGUAGGAAGUCCAAUCCCAUACUGGACUACCUGGUACAGGAGAGUCUGAAGGAGCAGAAGCGCCAUGAGGAGACGCAGAAGAAAAUGGAGCGCUUUUUAACUCUCUUUGAGCGCCUGAUAGACAAACUUUAACCACUUUCGCACUGUAGGAACUAUCCGCAGUUCCUAGAACAUUUUGGGGGAUGAUGACGUCAUUUUGCGUGUUUGCACAUGUCGGAUUAGGGAACUCAAGUUCCGAGAACCAGUUUAGUUCCUACCCUGAGGUAGGGACUUUCUGUGGAGCCCCUUGAACUCGAUUUUUUAGGUGUUUGGUCAUUCGCUGAAAUCAACAGCUAUGCCGCUUCAAUACUCGCUCGUCUCGUGAAGCUGCCAUAUUGGGAAAAAAUUUGAAAAUUGAGUGAUUUAUUAGCUGUUAGGGUUUUUGCACUAAAAUUGCACACACAAAAAAAAAAUUAAGUCGCUAAUUCAGGCAAAAAAUUAUGUGUUAAAUAUUGCUAUUGAUCCUGGAAAUAUAGGUGAUUAUCUCAUUUUGUGUUUUUUGCGCAUGUAGCGUAAAAUCUGAGAAUUUUAUAGCCAUUUUAAUUUUUCUUAAACUUAUAUAAAAAAAAAUUGUUUUUUGAUGCCGCUGCUCAUGGAGACUCAUAUAUGCCUAAGAGAGGUGUCUAUUAUGGUUUUAGGUCACUAGCGGCUUUGGUUUUGAAAAUAUUUGAAUUUUAUGUUUUUGAAAAUGGGCCCCCUAUGGAGUGGCCCCGCGCCCCGUUUCCAUUCAAACUGAUAGUGAAGUCUAUGACUAUCCUGUACUAAAUCUGUGUGCUCUUCCAGUCUUGUCGUUCAAAAAUGUAAGAAUUGCCUCUGUGUCCUUGACGGUCCCCAGUUCGUUGUUUUCUGUUCAGCUUAGUUUUCGUGGGUUUAUUUCGCCAGAGGUGAGUGUGGCAAGUAAAUAAUGUGUCACUAGUGCAGACUACAACGUUACAGCUGUUCGUAUCAGGCCAUUUGCCAACACGACUGCCUGGCAAAGGAUCGAGCCUAAAACUUCGGGAGAGGCCUGUAGUUAUAGGAACUAAGUACUCAGGUUCCUACAGUCCGAAAGUGGCUUUUAUUGCACUGUUGUCUUAUGAUCAUUUCUUUAUCUGUUUAUAUUCAUACUGUUUAUUGUCCAUAGUUGCACCGCAAACUUUACAUCAGACACUUUAAACUGUAAUUUGAACUAUUUCUAUUUUCACUAUUUCCGAAAAGCUGCUUUACCAGUCUGUAAUGUGAGUAGCCUAAUAAAAGAAAUAAAUGAAAAAAGUUUGUGGGCAUGAUUAUCACAUCAACAUCAUAUGAAUGACUGGAACGGAUAUUGGUAUAAAGAGAUUUAUUUUACGUAACGGGUGCUGUUUUUCAUGACCCUCGAGUCAUGAACGGAUCCCAGGUAACCCACAAAGAUGUCCAGGAAUCUUCGGGUGGAAUCACCUAUAGCCUGCAUGUUGAUUGAAUAAAAGCCUUUCUGUUCAGAUAGCAAUUCGGUGCCAUGCUGGUGGCUUGAUUCUAAUGUGGCAACCAUCUAUUGCUCCCACAACAUUCCUGAAUGCAUGGCUCCCAGAUAGCUGGGCAAAUCCUUUGCCAACUGCAUCCAGCUCUCCAGCCUGGGGGAAUGCAAUGGCUUUUAGCAUAUGUAAUUCGCCACUUUGUGGAUGACUUUCUGCACUGUGGAUUUGGGAACGUUGAACACACAAGCCACCACGAUGUAAGAGAGUCCAUGUGCCAACCAGUACACAGUGCCCUCCAUAAUUAUUGGCACCCCUGAAAAAGAUGUGUUUUUUAGCUUCUCUAAGUUUUUUUUUUUAAUUCAAAUAAUAUGGGACCUUAAUGGGAAAAAAAGAAAAAUCCAAACUUCAAUACAAGUGCAUUUAUUCAGUGGGAAAAACUCCCACAUAAAGAAAUAAUUAUUUGACAUCAAAUAAUGUGUGUCACAAUUAUUAGCACCCCUGGUAUUAAUACUUUGUGCAACCCCCUUUUGCCAACAAAACACACCUAAUCUUCUCCUAUAAUGUUUCACAAGCUUGAUUUUGUGUCUGGUGAACCAUUUCUGUGUAGAUUUGGCCAUAUGUUUAGGGUCAUUGUCUUGCUGAAAGACCCAGUGACGACCCAUCUUCAGCUUUCGGGCAGAGGGCAACAGAUUUUGAUUUAAAAUGUCCUAGUAUUUCAAAGCAUUCAUGAUGCCAUGCAGUGCAUGCACCCUAACAAGGUUCUCAGAGCCUUUGGAAGCGAAACAGUCCCCCAGCAUCACUGACCCACCCCCAUACUUCACAGUGGGUAUGAGGUGCUUUUCAGCAUGCGCAUCUUUCGUGGCACGCCAGAUCCGCUUCGAGUGUUUGUUGCCAAAAGCUCAAUCUUGGUCUCAUCUGACCAAAGCACACAUUUCCAGGCUUCAACUGGGACCGUGUGCUUUGGUCAGAUGAGACUAAGAUUGAGCUUGAGAUCUGAUAGUUUGUAUAUUGUGACUAAAUAUUGCUAUCCAGUGUAUUUGUUGAUCUUAACGAAAUGUUUGAAUAGUUUGACCAAAGUCUGAGUAAGUUUUAUGUGUAUUUUGCAUAGCUAUUUUGAUCGGAAAUGCCAGUUCUCUUUGCACUGUUGUUUAACUGUGUGAGAAUAAGGCCUCAUUAAUACAGAUUGAAGCACAUUUGUUUUUGUGACCUAAUCUUCUCCUAUAAUGUUUCACAAGCUUGAUUUUGUGUCUGGUGAACCAUUUCUGUGUAGAUUUGGCCAUAUGUUUAGGGUCAUUGUCUUGCUGAAAGACCCAGUGACGACCCAUCUUCAGCUUUCGGGCAGAGGGCAACAGAUUUUGAUUUAAAAUGUCCUAGUAUUUCAAAGCAUUCAUGAUGCCAUGCAGUGCAUGCACCCUAACAAGGUUCUCAGAGCCUUUGGAAGCUAAACAGUCCCACAGCAUCACUGACCCACCCCCAU